CUCCCGGACCCCCUCCUUGGCGCAGAGAGCCGGAGCGCGGCGGCGGCGGGGUCCGCUUUGGUGCUGAAGAGGCGACGGUCCCAGGCGCCUGCCCUCGCUCCCCACCAUGCCGUCCAGUGGGACCCUCGACGCCAGCAGCCCCGCUCCGAACCGCGAGGCGCUUGACACGCACAAGGGGGAAGAGGAGCCUGAGGAGAACCAGAGCAAGGAGGAGAAGCAGGAGCCGGGGACGCCCAUGAGGAAAGCCGGGCGGCCCGGGCGGAAGCGCAAGCAUGCCCAGGUGGAAAGCAGUGACACCCCCAAAGACAUCGCGGCUGUCCCCAAGUGCCCCCCACCCUGCCCAGAGGCCAGCCCCGCCGAGCCGCUGCCCAACGGGGACGUGGAGGGGGACGGUGCCCAGUGGAAGGGCGCAGAGGAGGGCGGCACGAGCCCUAAGGGCGGGCGCCCCGAGGAGGACGAGACGGAGAGCCUGCCGGACGGCGAGACGGGCCGGGCGCUGGAGAACGGCCGCUGCACCCCCAAGGAGGGCCUGGACGCCCCGGCCGAUGAGGGUGAGCUGGCCCCUUCCGACCCCCAGAAGAAACGCGGGAGGAGGAAACUCCUGGAGGCCGCAGAGAAAAGCAAGGAAGAGAAGGAAGAAAACAACUUCGACACCCUGAAAAUGGAGGGCUCCCGCGGGCGGCUGCGUGGCGGGCUGGGCUGGGAGUCGAGCCUGCGGCAGCGGCCCAUGCAGCGGCACACCUUCCAGGCCGGAGACCCCUACUACAUCAGCAAGAGGAAGCGGGACGAGUGGCUGGCCCGUUGGAAGAGGGAGGCGGAGAAGAAGGCAAAGGUGAUCGCCGUGAUGAACGUGGUGGAGGAGACGCCGCGGGCAGAGCCCCAGAAGGAGGAGGAGGCCAGCCCCCCUGCCUCGCAGCAGCCCACCGACCCUGCCUCACCCAACGUGGCCACCACGCCUGAGCCAGUGGUGGCCGAUGCCGUCGACAAGAACACCUCCAAGUCGGCUGACGACGAGCCUGAGUACGAGGAUGGCCGGGGCUUCGGUAUUGGCGAGCUGGUGUGGGGCAAGCUGCGCGGCUUCUCCUGGUGGCCCGGGCGCAUCGUCUCCUGGUGGAUGACGGGCCGGAGCCGGGCAGCCGAGGGCACCCGCUGGGUGAUGUGGUUCGGGGACGGCAAGUUCUCGGUGGUCUGCGUAGAGAAGCUCUUGCCGCUCAGCUCCUUUGCCAGCGCCUUCCACCAGGCCACCUACAACAAGCAGCCCAUGUACCGCAAAGCCAUCUACGAGGUGCUGCAGGUGGCGAGCAGCAGAGCAGGGAAGAUCUUCCCGGCGUGCCCCGAAAACGACGAGACGGACACCUCCAAGGUGGUGGAGAUCCAGAACAAGCAGAUGAUCGAGUGGGCCCUGGGCGGCUUCCAGCCCUCCGGCCCCAAGGGCCUGGAGCCCCCCGAAGAGGAGCGAAACCCCUACAAAGAAGUUUACACGGAGAUGUGGGUAGAGCCAGAAGCAGCUGCCUAUGCACCGCCCCCGCCCGCCAAAAAACCCAGGAAAAGCACAACAGAGAAGCCCAAGGUCAAGGAGAUCAUCGACGAACGCACCCGAGAGCGGCUCGUUUACGAGGUCCGGCAGAAAUGCAGGAACAUCGAAGACAUCUGCAUCUCCUGCGGGAGCCUCAACGUGACCUUGGAGCACCCUCUAUUUAUCGGAGGAAUGUGCCAAAACUGCAAGAACUGCUUCUUGGAGUGCGCAUACCAGUACGACGAUGAUGGCUACCAGUCCUACUGCACCAUCUGCUGCGGCGGCCGCGAGGUGCUCAUGUGCGGCAACAACAACUGCUGCAGGUGCUUCUGCGUGGAGUGCGUGGACCUGCUGGUGGGCCCGGGGGCGGCCCAGGCAGCCAUCAAGGAGGAUCCCUGGAACUGCUACAUGUGUGGCCAUAAGGGCGUCUAUGGGCUGCUGCGGCGGCGGGAGGACUGGCCCUCGCGCCUCCAGAUGUUCUUUGCCAACAACCACGACCAGGAGUUUGACCCACCGAAGGUGUACCCGCCGGUGCCGGCCGAGAAGAGGAAGCCCAUCCGGGUGCUCUCGCUCUUCGACGGCAUUGCCACAGGCCUGCUGGUGCUGAAGGACCUGGGCAUCCAGGUGGACCGCUACAUCGCCUCCGAGGUGUGUGAGGACUCCAUCACCGUGGGCAUGGUGAGGCACCAGGGCAAGAUCAUGUACGUCGGGGACGUCCGAAAUGUCACCCAGAAACACAUACAGGAGUGGGGCCCCUUCGACCUGGUGAUCGGGGGGAGCCCCUGCAAUGACCUCUCCAUCGUCAACCCAGCCAGGAAGGGGCUCUAUGAGGGCACUGGGCGGCUUUUCUUCGAGUUUUACCGCCUGCUCCAUGAAGCCCGGCCCAAGGAGGGCGACGACCGGCCCUUCUUCUGGCUCUUUGAGAACGUGGUGGCCAUGGGGGUGAGCGACAAGAGGGACAUCUCACGCUUCCUGGAGUCCAACCCCGUCAUGAUUGAUGCCAAAGAAGUGUCUGCAGCACACAGGGCACGGUACUUCUGGGGGAACCUUCCCGGGAUGAACAGGCCACUCGCGUCCACAGUCAACGAUAAGCUGGAGCUGCAGGAGUGCCUGGAGCACGGCAGGAUAGCAAAGUUCAGCAAAGUGCGAACUAUCACCACUCGCUCCAACUCCAUCAAGCAGGGCAAGGACCAGCAUUUCCCCGUCUUCAUGAAUGAGAAGGAGGACAUCCUCUGGUGCACGGAGAUGGAGAGGGUCUUCGGCUUCCCAGUGCAUUACACAGACGUGUCCAACAUGAGCCGCCUGGCCCGGCAGAGACUGCUCGGCAGAUCCUGGAGCGUGCCGGUGAUCCGCCAUCUCUUUGCUCCCCUGAAGGAAUACUUUGCCUGCGUUUAAGAGAGACAGACAGGAACUGGUGACACGGAGCGAGUCAGAAACAAAACCAUCCACGCCAAGAGAAGUGAAAACACGGAAUGAGA